UUUUCGCACAAUGCACCAAACUUUCUCUUGUUUGAUUAUGACGAUUAGGCAUUUCUGUGAACGAGGAUAUCUUUCACAAGAAGGCCUAUGGGAAUGAGUGUAUCACAUUACCUGUUCCAAAAUAAUACUACAUCAAAGAGAGAGUAGAUCUCAGUCUAAUCGUUGGUGUCUCGAGACAAAACAUCAUCAUUUAAUGUUUAAGGUUCUAUAAUUAUGGCUCUGUGGGCUUACGAUCCGUUGAUGGAGUUUUCCUGCAUGGGUUUACCUUGUCCUAGACAUCGAUGGAGAUUUCUAGAAGCUGAACCGUUGACUCUUCUGCCGGAAUCUUCUCUCGUUCAUUCACUUUUAUCUCACGGCAUCUUCCCUAGGGCACUGACCGCUAAUAUUUCCAGAGAAGUCAUUAGUGAUAAGGAUAAAUAUCAGGUGACAAUAAGCCUUGGAGACUUCAAAUCGAACGAGAUCAACGUGAAACUAAUUGACAGAGAGUUGGAGAUCUGUGCCAAACACGAAGAAAAACAGGACGAAUCUGGUCAUGUCUCUCGUUGCAUCAGACGCCGAUAUUUUCUUCCUCAAAACGUAGAUUUCGACCAUGUCAAUGCGACUCUGUCUCAUGAUGGAACUCUGGUCGUCUGUGCAUUAAAAAAGCCAUUAGAAGGGGUGAAACAACGUAGCAUUGAAGUUCAACAGUUGCCACAAGCGAAAUCGCGACCCUCGUCACAAGAGUCCCAGAAGACAGAACAGGAAAAAGGCAAAGGUAUGAUUAACAUACCUGUUAGCCACGAGAUAAGCCAGAGUUGAACAAGUUUGAAGACGAUUCCUCAAGCAAUUUUGUCUUGCCUUUAUUUUGUCAAUGCUUAUGUGUCUUGUUUAAAAUUGAUAUUUUACGUAUUUGGAUAUAUGCUAAGCAUUUUGUCUAAUAAAACGGAAUAUUCAAUUA